AUGGAGGCCAGCGACCAAAAAGAACAAGGCAACAUGCCGGAGCAUGUUGAAUCCCCGACUCAGGCGAUCACUUGGACAGAGGAGGAAGAGAAGGCUCUCGUCAAAAAGAUUGAUCUCUUCCUGAUGCCAACUAUCUGCAUCGGCAAUGCGAAGAUUGCUGGAAUGGCAGACGACAUCGGCCUGUCAUCGGCUCAAUACAGUGUCGUGUUAGUUGUAUUUUUCAUCGGCUAUGUUAUCUUCGAGCCGCCGUCGAACAUGAUUCUUGUCCGAACCCGACCCUCCCUAUACCUCCCCGCCAUCAUGGCCAUUUGGGGCGUUCUCACAUGCAUUAUGGCUGUCGUAAAGCACUACCACCACCUCAUCGUACUUCGGGUGUUUGUUGGAAUCGCAGAAUCUGGUUUCGCCCCGGGCAUACUCCUAAUCAUCUCGUCUUGGUACCGGCGCACGGAACAGUCGAAGCGUUUCGCGGUCUUCAUGUCAGCAGCAAUUCUGUCUGGAGCAUUCGGGGGACUGCUCGCAGGCGCCAUCACCAGCGGCCUGGAGGGGGCACAUGGUAUACGUGGAUGGCGAUGGCUCUUCAUCGUCGAAGGCGUUGCGACGGUCGGGUGGGCUGGCAUUUGCACGUUCAUCCUGCUCGAUUUCCCUGCCACUUCAAAGAGACUGACUGCCAGAGAGCGAGCGAUUGCUGUUGCGAGGCUGCAACAAGAUAAUGUUACCGUCCGCGAAACAGAUGAAAAGUUAGGCAAGAGCCAAUCCUUCAUGCUGGCGCUGAGAGAUUGGAGGACUUGGGGGUUCAUCUUCGGAUACAUGGUCAUCGUUGGGUCAUCCACACUAUCCUACUUCUACCCGACUCUAGUCAACGGACUGGGGUUUACAUCAACUGUCCAAGCACAGUAUAUGACUGUUCCUAUCUACGCCUUCGCGUUCGUCUGCACCGCCAUCAGCGGCUACUUCGGAGACAAAAUACCUGAUCAUCGUGGACUGGUCAUCGCCGGAUGGCUUGCAUUUAGCAUGAUCACAUCCAUCAUAGUCUGCGUUGUGUACAACUUUACGGCUCGCUACGUGCUCCUUGUACUCAUGGCUGCUGGUCUUUGGGCAUCCAAUGCUAUGUCGCUGUCUUUCGCUAGCUCAACAUUCGGAAGCAUGGAUGCAGAGGUCCGCGCCAUUGCACUGGCGUUGAUGAAUGCUUUAGGAAACCUAGCGCAGAUCUAUGGGGCUUACCUUUUCCCGACUGACGAUGCCCCCAAAUAUCUCAUGGGUUUCGGCGUCAUCUCAGGCAUGUUAGGAUUUGGAACAACGGUUUACGUGGUGAUGCAUGUACUGGUCAAGCGAUGGAAACCUUGA